UCCAGCUGGGAUGCUGGCAUCGCGCAUGCGCACUCAUGUUUGGCAAUAAAUGGAGGAUAGAGAUGGCCCUUGACAAUUUUCUGUUUGGCCAGUGCAUCCUCUAUUUUUUGGCAUUUCUCUUUGGUUUCAUCGCUGUCGUGCCGCUCUCGGAAAACGGCGAUGACUUCCAGGGGAAAUGUUUGCUGUUCACCCAGGGGAUGUGGCAAAACGAGAAUAUGACGGUGGGGAAGCAGCGGUUCAUGGUGGACGAGUGGGGUCCGGAGACAUCCUGCCGUUUCAUCACGUUCGUCGGAAUCGUCUCGCUCAUCCUGUCCGCGGUGCAGGCAUGGCGAACCCUGUUCUUCCUCUGCAAAGGCCAGGACGAUUCCUUCUUCCAUGCCUUCCUCAACCUGCUCCUGAGCUCUCUGGUGGUGUUCGUAGUAUUCGUGGCCAGCACCAUAUCAAGCGUGGGCUUCAGCUCCUGGUGUGACGCUAUCACGGAGAAUGGAGCGAUGCCAAGCAGCUGUGAGGAUCUGCAGGACACCGACCUGGAGCUGGGGCUGGACAACUCCUCCUUCUACGACCAGUUUGCCAUUGCACAAUUUGGCCUGUGGUCGGCCUGGCUGACGUGGCUGGGCAUCACGACGCUGGCCUUCCUGAAGGUGUACCACAACCACCGCCAGCAGGACCUGCUGGACAGCCUGGUGCAGGAGAAGGAGCUACUCCUGGGACGCAACAUGCGCCGCGGCUCUGAGUACGAGGAGAAGAACGCGCUCAUCUAAUCUAACCACCUGACAGGGGCGGGGGGCGGCGUUUCUCGACAGCGUCGUUGCUAACUAAGUUAUGCCUCUUUUCCACUGCCGGUUUUAUGGUAGGCCUACAG